GCUUCCGUCUAGCAUGUUUCUCCCCUCCGCUGCAGAUUCUUUCGGUGCUCUCUCCGUCACUGGGAACGGACCUGUGUCUACUACAAACUUGCAUAUAUAGCCAGUGCAUACUAGAUGCAUGCAGCAGAUUCAGGCACAGCGGUCCGGGCGUCUCCGUGGGCGAAUCAGGGACGAGGAAAGCUGGCAACCAUUGCCCGCGACUGUCGAACAACAAAAUCAAUAUUGAGCGUUGUCCGCGCUCGGGCUUUCUUUACCUUCACCCACCACCUGACACGGCCUGGGGCUUGUCCAUAAUUCUCCUUGACGCAGCUGGUCUUUGUCGCAUUGGAUGUCGUUGGUCGAGGAGACCUCCAACGCUUAAAUCAAGCAUCACGCUCGUUGCCCGGACUGGACACAAUUAGGAGGAUGCAGGAUGACACCCUCGCGCGAUGGUCUCUUGACACAGUGAGGCUUGAAACAGGGAACGAUGGAAUUAGAGCUGGUUCCUCCGCUGCGGCCGGCGAGACAACCCAGCCAGAAGCGUCGAGCUCGAGGGGCCAGGCGGGGCCCUUGCCGGCCAAGCAAGGAGAGAUUGGAUACGUAGAACCAACGCCUCCGGAACCUGCACAUUUACCUACACCCCUCGACGUACACACCGCAUCUCCGCUACCUGCCGUGCAUCCUGCAGAAAGGAGCUCUGCAGGACCUGCUCCAAGUGCCGAACCCGCAAAUGACCAUGUAUCUACCCACAGCGCGCAUUCCGCCCAUUCAAAGCUUCUCAAGAUUUUCAAGCCGAAGCACAUACCCACACUCUUCAGUAUUCAGCUUACCACUCUCUGCCUCUUCCUUCUGCACCUUGCGGUCCUGGCGGGAACGAUCGCGGGCUGGGCUCUGCUCGUUCAGCACCUGUCCAAAGUUCAAGCGUCAUCGAACAAUAACGCGAGCUUCAGCGUGACCACCUCUACGAUCUUCGUGCAUGUCGCAUUUGGUCUUGCCUGCAUGGCGCAGCUCAUCUUCAUCGAACGGCGCAUCUUCCGUAUGCGUGCCGAGCAUUACUACUACCAACACCCGGGCCUACCGCUGCACACCCACGGGGGCGAGAUGAAUAUGGGAUUUGCACCGUGGAAUAGGCCGCCCCUCCCUACCUACGCUGCUGCGCUGGCGCAGAGCGGGGUGGGAACGGGCGAUGUCGAGGACAGCGCUAUCGCAGUUCCGCCGCCGCCAGCGUACGGACACACGCGAGGCAGCACGCUGCUGCUCAGCGGCUUUAUGAACAACACUCUGCGCGCAGAGAGGCACGAAGCGCGCGAGCGCGCGAGGCAAGGCGGGGGUGCAGAAGGCUCGCCGCACGCUAGCUGGCUAAGCGAAGCCAGUAGGCCCGUUAGCUAUCUGAGCCACGACGAAGAGUGGGAGGAACGGUCUGACGCGUUGAGGACUGUGAGGUUGGAGGAGACUCUGGCGAGGUUGGAGGAAGCAAGGACUAGGGAUUAAAAAGGGCCCUGUGGUGGAUUGCGACGAACUUUUUCACAUUUUUCUGUACGUUCGUUCUGGCGCAUGACUGUUGUACAGCUUACUACCAGUCUUUGUAGACAACCCUUCUCCUUUUCUGUUUCUAGCCGCGUUUUCCACCUAACACUGAACAGGGAUUCUCUCGUGUUUGUGUUGUAACUGUACUGCCGACAAGUGCCCACAUCAACAUCAUGAUCACCACUUCAUCUCAAACUCGAUACCGUACCAUAUGACAAGCUCUAUCAUUUCUGAUUCAAGUAACUGGCAUAAUCC